GGAAAUUUAUUAAUUUUAAUAUGAAAUCAUCAACAAUAAGGUGAGAUUUUGUUUUCAGUCCUAUCGAAGGGAAUUCUUUAUCAAGGUUACUUCCAGAGCUAUGCUAGAGUCCUGUCAGACUUUACUAACUCAAACUGCCCGUUUUGGAAUACUUUAGUGUAAUAUUUUAACUUUGGAGAGUAACAAUGAUCUAGUUUGCCAAAGUAUUCACCAAAAAGUUAUAAAAGUCAGUACAAAAGGAACCAGAUUAGUCAUAAAUCUUCCCUCUUCGGCUCUCUGAAUAAGUCCUAUGAGGCUACUAAUCUUGGAAGAAAUAAAUACCAGAACUCUUUAAAAAGUAUAAGUAAGAGAGAAAGGGUCAAUAGUAAUGAUCUGAGUAUGGGAGAGUACGAAUCUACAUCCCCAAUGCUGUCAGUUGAUCCGAAUAUCAUCCCACAUGGCCAUAUUCCAACGAGUAGAGACAUGACUUUAGCCCGCACUAAGUUUAAGUACCAUCAACAAUUUCUGGCAACUAUUCAGUGUAAUAAAGGGAAUAUUAAGAAGGAUAAUCUCGUGAGGAUCAAAAACACUGCUUUGAAGAACAAGAUCAAAAGAGCCAGGAUCUACUCAAUGAGUCAAGUACAAGACUCUGUUGCUUCGGUAGAGCCAGAAACAGAAGCAACUGUGAUGAAGUCAGAUGACUCUUAUCUCUGAGAUUCGAGUGAUAAGCUUCCUUCUAUUCAUUAUGAACAAGAGAGAAGUAGCAUUGGUUUUGACUCUGUCCCUGUAACAGCUGUUUAUUUCAGCAAGAAGUCCAAAAAUACGCCUAAGAGCCAACUUGACACAUACUCAGAAGCAGCCACCAAUACUGUAGACUACCAGGAGGUUGCUCCAAGUAAAUUAUGAGAAGUGAAGCUGAGAAAUUUCAGGUUUAAAAAUAUCAGCCACCACAACAUAACUUCUUGUGAGUACCUACAUCUGAAGAAGGAAUAUUUGCCCUCAAAGUUGAAGAAAUUGAGAAGAAACAGGGAGUACUCUUAAGUUGCUCUAUUCACACUGGGUAGAUUAGGAAAAAGUUAAAGGUUUCUGAAGAAGAAGCUGGAUAUCCAUUCUUUCUCAUUAAAGCACUCUCAACGACAGUCCUAAUUCCCAUUGUGGCCUUUAGUAUAUGAUAAUAUUAACAAACCUCUUUAAAAAUACAACAUAAAAUAUGUU